CGAGUAGGCGGCGCAUGCGUGGGCUGUGGCGGCCUUAAGGGCGGCGGCGGCCCCAGCGGCCCAGUCGGCGGGUCAGCCGGCUAGCAGGCACUCCCCGGCGCUUGCGCGGCGGCUGCAGCAAUGGCGGCGGAGGACGAGGACAUAUGCGAAAGGUCAGGAUGGCUGGCUGGUUGGCUCCCCACGUGGUGCCCUACGUCUGCGUCACACCUUAAAGAAGCCGAAGAGAAAAUGUUAAAAUGUGUCCCCUGCACAUACAAAAAGGAACCUGUUCAUAUAUCUAAUGGAAAUAAAAUAUGGACACUGACACUUGCUCACAGUGUUUCAAAUAAGACUCCACUGGUCCUCCUCCAUGGUUUUGGAGGAGGGCUUGGACUCUGGGCACUGAAUUUUGGAGACCUUUGCACCAAUAGACCCGUCUAUGCCUUUGACCUGCUGGGCUUUGGAAGAAGCAGUAGGCCCGUGUUUGACAGCGACGCGGAAGAGGCGGAGAACCAGUUUGUGGACUCCAUUGAAGAGUGGCGGUGUGCCCUAGGACUGGACAAAAUGAUCUUGCUUGGACACAACCUUGGUGGCUUCUUGGCUGCUGCUUACUCCCUGAAGUACCCGUCAAGGGUCAACCAUCUCAUUUUAGUGGAGCCGUGGGGUUUCCCUGAGCGGCCGGACCUUGCGGAUCAAGACAGACCAAUUCCAGUGUGGAUCCGAGCCCUGGGAGCAGCGCUGACCCCCUUCAACCCCCUGGCGGGCCUCCGGAUCGCAGGGCCCUUCGGCUUGAGCCUGGUGCAGCGCCUGAGGCCCGACUUCAAGCGGAAGUACGCCUCCAUGUUCGAAGACGACACCGUGACGGAGUACAUCUACCACUGCAACGUGCAGUCUCCCAGCGGUGAGACGGCGUUCAGAAACAUGACUAUUCCCUACGGGUGGGCCAAACGGCCCAUGCUGCAGCGGAUCGGCAAGCUGGACCCCGACAUUCCGGUCUCCGUGAUCUUCGGGGCCCGCUCCUGCAUAGACGGCAACUCCGGCACCAGCAUCCAGUCGCUGCGGCCGCACUCCUACGUGAAGACCAUCAAUCUUUAUUUGAUGGAAAUGUCCAGGGCGGGGCAAAGUACCUUUACAGUUGCCAUCCUCGGCGCGGGGCACUACGUGUACGCAGACCAGCCGGAGGAGUUCAACCACAAGGUGAAGGAGAUCUGCGACAGCGUGGACUGAGCGCCCGGCGGCAGCGGCGGCGUGGGGAGGCCUGCCGACGGCCGCCCCGGCCCCUCGGCCCCUCGGCAGCGGCUCGGUCCCCGUGAGGAGCGAGGGGGCCGCGGAGCCCGGCGGUCCUCUGGGCUGUACUUUGCACACGUGUUCUCUCGAAGCUGCCUGCACACUCACAGUCAGUGCCUUCUACAGGAAAGCCUUUCCUUUCUCCUACACAAAGCCAAAUGUACAAGCGUCUCCGAAUCUCACAGAGCUUUAAUAAAAGUUGUUUGUCCCUCUGCUGUACUGAAAAAUGGUAGUUUUUCAACUGAAAUGUUUUCAUUUCUACCCAACUUUGCCAUGUCAAGUACUUUUUAUAUUUCAGUCUGUGUUGCCUUAUUUUAAAAACUGAUUUCCGAGUCUGUAUUUUAUGCAUUGUAAAGGUGCACUUUAUUUUCUCUGUCCGCUUACAUUUACCAUGUCUAGUAAGUUAUGUAGUGCAUCAAAAUUCAAUGUGUUUUUAUGUAAAAAAAACGUGUCACCUUUCUAGAACACUUUACUUUUGAAAUGGAGUAUUGAGACAGCACUUUGGUUAAAAAAAUAGGAAUUAAUCACUAGCAUUAACUUUCCUGAUUUUCCUCUGUUCUCCAUCUAAAUGCAAAGCCGCGGUCAGCAUUUUAAAUGUGAGCCAUUCUGACACAGCAGCACAGUCUCACCCCUGGGACCCUUCCCCGUGGGACCCCGGUCUGCACCUCCAGCCGGGCACAGCACCGUCGCGUCGUGGUCCGGGCACCGGAAGGCCUCACCCGAGCCCGCCCUCCUUCCUCACACCGGUGAGCCCCGGUGAGCCCGGGCGCAGCCGCUGGAGCGGCCCUCCUCCCUGAGGGGAGAGGAGGCGGUCACCGCCACCUCCCAGGAAGCCGAGGCACACGUCUUCACGAACCUCUAACUGUCGCAGAUGGGUGCUAACCGGAGUACAUUUUUACCACUGAAAUA